UUACAAACAGAUUUACUUUCAAACGAGCUCAGAUAGUUUCAUUCUGUUGGAGCAAACGUUGCGGGUGUUUUAAAAGAUGUUGCGUUACGCUUGGUUUAUCCUUGCGAUCGCUGUGGUAAUUCCACGUGAGGUGCAGCCAUGUCCACGUGCUCCAAGUAUUUAUCAAUCAAGAGUUAACAAAAUUCCCGGAGACAAUGGCUUCCAAAUUAAAGUCAACGACAACAAAGAUAAAUAUAAUCCCGGAAAAGUAUAUACCAUGUAUUUGAUGGGAUCACGGAGUUUUGAUAAACUUCAACAUUUUAAAAGAUUCACUAUUAAUGUAGAAAGUGCUGACGACCCGGGUAAUAUCUCUCCACAAAAAGUUGGCAGUUUUCAGUUGUUUGCUGACUCACUUACGAAAUUCAAUGAGGAUUGUGUAAACACGCUAUCAGAAUCAAAUGACUUAAAUAAAACAGAAGUAUUCUUUAUGUGGACUGCUCCCCCUCCGGGUUCCGGAUGUGUCACUUUCAGAGCAAUGAUCUUCCAAGAUUCCACGCAUUGGUACGCCGAUGAUGAGAGGUUGAGCAAAACUCUUUGUGAGUUUACAGAUAGUGAUGUUAAAUAUGAUGAAAAUGACUGCUGUGCGUGCGAUGAAGCAAAAUACAGUUUGAUAUUUGAAGGAAUCUGGUCAAAUGUGACUCAUCCAAAAGAUUUUCCAUUUACACUGUGGCUAACACAUUUCUCUGAUGUCAUUGGUGCGUCGCAUGAACGCAACUUUAGUUUUUGGGGAGAGGGCCAGUAUGCUUCUGAAGGUUUCAGAAGCUUGGCCGAAUGGGGAUCUAUUCGAUUGAUGGAAUCUGAGCUCCGAGCAAAGAGCAAAUAUUUAAGGACCAUUGUAAAAGCAGCAGGUCUUUGGUAUCCUAAAGUUAAUACUAAUACUUCUACAACGUUCAAAGUUGAUAGGAGACAUCAUUUGGUGUCUUUAGCUUCCAUGUUUGGACCUUCUCCAGAUUGGGUUGUAGGCGUUGAUGGAUUAAAUUUAUGUUUAAAGAAUUGUUCUUGGAUAGAAAAUUUGAAAGUGGAUCUGUAUCCUUAUGAUGCUGGUACGGACAGUGGCCUGACAUACAUGUCACCUAACGCGGAAACUUUACCAAGAGAAAAAAUGUAUCGUAUUACAACUAAAUAUCCGGAAGACCCUAGGGCACCAUUUUAUAAUAUGAACUCUGACACAAUGCAACCAAUGGCACGGUUUUAUUUUAAGAGAGAUAAGUUAGUGCCAAAGUCCUGUGAUGAAAACUUUUUGAAUGCACAACUGGAUAUAAGUGAAAAUACUGAGGAUACCACUAGAGCUGAGUGUGCUGUUACUGAGUAUUCAACUUGGAGUGAGUGUUCUGUCACUUGCGGAAAAGGUUUGAAGAUGCGCUCACGCGAAUACAGAAUGCCUCAGAAAGCCGCCAUGUUUGAAUGCAAUCGUCAGUUGAUCUCAAAAGAGAUGUGUGUUGCUGCUGUCGCAGAAUGUGAAGGAGGUGAAAAUCAAGAAUCAUCAGAAGAAAAGUUUGAUUUUGAUGACAAGUUAUGUGCAACUACAGAGUUUACUGAAUGGUCAGAAUGUUCGGAAACUUGUGGAAUAGGUUUCAAAACACGUUCUAGAAAGUUCAUUGAUCGCAUGGGUCGGAAAAAGUGUCCAACUGUUGCUACAGAGGAGCGUGAAAAAUGUAUGGGCCCACCAUGUUCGCAAUCCGAAGCAUCUGAUCCAAUGUGCCCAGUCACCCAAUGGAGUGAUUGGAGCCCAUGCAGCGCAUCCUGUGGCAAAGGAGUAAAAAUGCGCUCUAGAUUACUUUUAGUUGAACCAAGCCUACAAGAAAAAUGCAGUUCUCGCGUUGAAAUGAUACAGCAACGUCCUUGUGUAGAAGCUGAUGAUUGCCGAUUUGAUAUGCAAACAGCUAAAGAGGUUUGCAUGGAGGAAAGUGUCCAAGGUCCGUGCACUGGUCACUUCAAUCGAUAUUAUUUUGAAUCCAGUAAAAUGAUGUGUGUACCUUUUGUGUACGGAGGUUGCAGAGGCAACAAGAACAAUUUCUUAACUGUUGCUGAAUGCGACAAUGUUUGUGGUGUAGUUAGGAAUAUCCUCAAGGGAAUGCCACCACCUUCCCAAGAUUUUAAUUCUUUUGCAAAUCCUGCUGUUCUAUCAUCAUCUGCGGUACAAGGUCACAACUUAGAAUCAGUGGACUGUAUGAUGUCCGAAUGGUCCCCUUAUGGAUUAUGUUCUCAAUCAUGUGGUCUUGCUUACGCUGAACGUUUCCGUAUGAUUAAACGUGAGCCACAAAAUGGUGGAAAGGCAUGUCCGAAGCGCUUAACUUCACGUAGGCGUUGUCUCGGAUUACCUCCAUGUUAAAUAUGACAACUGUUGUAAAAGUUAUAAAGAUAUUAAAAAUACAACCCACGCA